AUGAGGACAGAAAAGGUCACUGGGAAUCAGAACAUGAGUGUUUUCAGUGAACCUGGUAAGAUGUGUGCUGUAUAUAGUCCUCAUUUGUCUUCUAUAGUUGAAGAAUAUAAACAAUAUAAAAGGUCUUUCACCGAGAAGACACACCCUAUUGUCCCUCAGAGAACAUACACAGGAAAGAAACCAUAUGAAAGUAAAAUGUGUGGAAAGAUUUUCACCAGUAAGGCAUAUCUUACUGUCCAUGAGAGAAGACACCAAAAUGAGAAUCUUUUUGAAUGUAACAUGUGUGAAAUGUCUUUUACCUUGAAGUCAAACCUAACUCUCCACCAGAGAACGCACACAAGAAAGAAUCCUUAUGAAUGUAACAUUUGUGGAAAGUCUUUCACCUGGAAGUCAAACCUCACUAUCCAUGAGAGAACACACACAGAAGAGAAAACUUAUGAAUGUAACAUGUGUGGAAAGUCUUUCGCCAAAAAGGCAUGGCUUACUAUCCACCAGAGAACACAUACUAGAGAGAAACGUUUUGAAUGUAACAUCUGUGGUAAGUCUUUCACCCAGAAAUCAAAGCUUACUGUCCACCAGAGAACACACACAAAAGACAAACCUUUUGAAUGUAACAUGUGUGUUAAGUCUUUCACCCAGAAGUCAACUCUCACUGUCCAUCAGAGAAUACACACAGGAAAGAAACCUUAUGAAUGUAACAUGUGUGGAAAGUCUUUCAUCCAGAAGUCAGAGCUUACUGUCCACCAGAAAAGACACACAGGCGAGGAACCUUUUUAAUGUAAUAUGUGUAAAAUGUCUUUUGCCUGGAAAUCAAGCCUUACUGUCCACCAGAGAACACACACAGGAAAGAAACCUUAUGAAUGUAACCUGUGUGGAAAGUCUUUCACUCAGAAGUCACACCUUAUUGUCCACCAGAGAACACACACUGGAAAGAAACCUUAUGAAUGUAACAUGUGUGGAAAUUCUUUCACCAAGAAGUCAAACCUUACUGUCCACCAGAGAACACACACAGGAAAGAAACCUUAUGAAUGUAACGUGUGUGGAAAGUCUUUCACCCAGAAGGCACACCUUACUGUCCACCAGAGAACACACACAGGAAAGAAACCUUAUGAAUGUAACAUGUGUGAAAGGUCUUUUACCUGGAAGCCAAACCUUACUGUCCACCAGAGAACACACACAGGAAAGAAACCUUAUGAAUAUAAUGUGUGUGGAAAGUCUUUCACCCAGAAGCUACACUUUACUGUCCAACAGAGAACACACACAGGAAAGAAACCUUAUCAUGUAACAGAACAUUAUGAAUGUAACAUGUGUGGAAAGUCUUUCACCAAGAAAUCAAACCUUACUGUCCAUCAGAAAACAAACACAGGAACGAAACCUUAUGAAUGUCAUAUGUGUGGAAAAUAUUUCAGCCAAGAGCUCCAAUUUGAUGUGCAGACUUCAUCUGAUGCGGUGGAAGUUGUCUUGGACACAAUUAGGUUCAUAACAUGGAAUGUCAAACAGAGUGAGAAAUAA